CUUCCUUAUCUUAGAGAAGUUAAAAAUGUCCAUCAUUGCUCUAGCCAUUUUACUUCUUGCAGCAUCCAGCUUCUGCUAUGCAGAACCGAUAUUUCCUGCAGCAAUUCCUGAUAAGAAUGACCAAGCCUUGCCAAAGCCUUAUGAAUUUGGAUAUGAAUUUGGUGAUGGAUUGGGAAUGACACAACAUCGUUAUGAAGUAUCUGAUGGAAAUGGAAUCGUCAAAGGAAAGUAUGGAUACUUAGAUCCUUUAGGAGUGUACAGAAAUGUAGAGUACACAGCAGAUGCUGAAGGAUACAAAGCUGUCGUGCACAGUAACGAACCCGGUACAGCCAAUCAAAACACAGCUGAUGUUGCUUAUGUUGUACAAUUUCCUCCACCAGUUGUUAUUGCCCAGGGAUUAAGGGCUGAAUUUCCUCGUCUGUCCCUUUGAGUUUAUUUUUCUGAUAAUUAAACUGAUGUUUUAUAAAUAAAUGUAUUCAAGUUCAAUAUGUUUUACGAAUUGCUUUUAUAAUAGUUAUAAUAAACUCGGUCCUUUUUCUUUAAAAAUAUGUUCCGAAUUUUUAGAAGUCUGUUUACAAAACAAUCAGAUAGAAAACCUAGUCAGUUAAGUUUUUUGAACGUAAUUAAGUAUCUUUGCUUAAUCGAGUUUCGUGAUAAAGGCAUCUAAAUUCCAGACAUUAUCAGAAAUCUCCCAGCUAGUGUAUUGUAAAUGCUAAAUUAAGUUCAAAUCAGAGGAGUCAGAAGAAAUAAUAUUAAAAGCAAUAUAAAUACGUUGCAAUACAUUAAAUAAUGUGCAACACAAUAAGUUAGUUUAUAUAACUUUUCACAUUUUUAGGGAAAGAGAAAUUCCAUAACAGACUGUAAUCUGAAAUCUGAAAAAAAAUGUAAAGAAGUUUCUGAAGUUAGGGAAAAUUCUGAAAUCACUCAUUUUAUCAACACAAAAUUAAUUUGCCAAUUUAAUUUUUCCUACGAACAACUUUAACCCUUAAAAUAGAGAAUAAGCGUACUAAAGGAAGAAUUACAAAUCUGGGGAAAAUGUAUCAUUAUCCUCAGUUCUUUUUUUCCCUUUGCAACAAAAUCUACAAUCAUGAAAUUGAUCAAACAAGUAAAUUUAACUCUUAAUUUGUAUGUCCCGUAUCUUCUCCAUCACAUUUUUAAUAAAAAUAAUGCAUAACAGCAGACACAUUUAGUCAUGCAUCGAAAAGGUGUACCCCAAAAUGUUUUAUUUAGAUGC